UCACACCAAGAGCUGCUCCACCUAACGGGAAGCAACGACGGCUGCUUAAUCUUUCAUUGGGAAAAGGGGUGAAAGGCGAGACGAAACCGUCAAAAACAAAUUGUCUUCGCCUCCAGCCAAAAUGAUCCACAGCCUGUUCCUAAUCAACGCCUCAGGGGACAUUUUCCUGGAGAAGCACUGGAAGAGCGUGGUCAGCCGCUCUGUGUGUGACUACUUCUUUGAGGCACAGGAACGCGCCACCGAGCCGGAGAACGUCCCACCAGUUAUACCCACACCGCAUCACUACCUUAUCAGUGUGCUCAGGCAUCGCAUCUACUUUGUUGCAGUCAUCCAGAGCGAGGUGCCACCGCUGUUUGUCAUCGAGUUCCUUCACAGAGUCGUUGACACGUUCCAGGACUAUUUUGGAGUGUGUACAGAGGCUGCUAUUAAGGACAAUGUGGUAGUGGUCUAUGAACUACUGGAGGAGAUGCUGGACAACGGCUUCCCGCUGGCCACAGAGUCCAACAUCCUCAAAGAGCUCAUUAAGCCUCCCACCAUCCUCCGCACGAUGGUCAACACCAUCACAGGCAGCACCAAUGUUGGUGAACAGCUCCCUACAGGCCAGCUGUCAGUGGUGCCAUGGCGACGCACCGGAGUCAAAUACACCAACAACGAGGCCUAUUUUGACGUGGUGGAGGAGAUCGAUGCUAUCAUCGAUAAAUCAGGCUCCACUAUUACAGCAGAAAUCCAGGGAGUCAUUGAUGCCUGUGUCAAACUGACAGGCAUGCCCGACCUCACUCUCUCUUUCAUGAAUCCUCGUCUGCUGGAUGAUGUCAGCUUCCACCCGUGUGUUCGGUUCAAGCGCUGGGAAGCUGAGCGGAUCCUCUCCUUCAUCCCCCCCGAUGGAAACUUCCGGUUGCUCUCCUACCACGUCAGCUCUCAGAACCUGGUGGCCAUCCCAGUGUACAUCAAGCACAACAUCACCUUCCGAGAGGGAAGCUCGCAGGGACGUUUUGACUUGACUCUGGGACCCAAACAGACCAUGGGCAAGGCCGUGGAGGCGGUCCUAGUCAGCAGCCAGCUGCCCCGUGGCGUCCUGAAUGCCAACCUCAACCCCUCCCAGGGAACAUACACCUUUGACCCAGUCACAAAGAUGUUGAGCUGGGAUGUUGGAAAGAUCAACCCACAGAAGCUUCCCAGCCUGAAAGGCACCAUGAGCCUGCAGGCCGGGGCCUCCAAACCUGACGAGAACCCCACCAUCAACAUCCAGUUAAAGAUCCAACAGAUGGCCAUCUCAGGGCUGAAGGUGAAUCGACUGGACAUGUACGGUGAGAAGUAUAAACCUUUCAAAGGCAUCAAAUACAUGACGAAGGCUGGCAAGUUCCAGGUGCGGACAUAAAGACUACUGCUCUGUGACGACUGGACCAAACCACCACGACACUGAUGGGUGCUGUGAUGGGGGAAAAAAGGGGAGUUGGUA